GAGCUCCACCAGCCCUGCGGGGUGAGCAGUCCAUCCCUGGGUCCGGCGGAGCUAACACACUACAGGCGGAAAACUUCCAUCUCCAUCUCCUGGCUUUGAUCCUUACCGGACAGCAGACCCGAGGCGCCGACCGACCGGAGGGAGGAUGAGAGAUGACCGGUCCUUUGGCAACCUGACCAUCUCCUUAGCAGAGCCUUCCAAAGCGAACCGGAGGCUGGCCACACGACCCAGGAGGCGCCGCGCCUCUUGUGGAUGUGUGUGUAUGAGUGAACAAGCGGGUGUAUGUGGUGUGUGUGUGUGAGUGAGGGUGUGUGAGUGAGGGUGUGUGUGUGUGCAUGUGUGUAUGUGUGAGCUUGUGGUGUGGAUGGGUGUGUGCACAGCACAAUUGCGUGGAAGCGUGUCCGGGUGAGUGUGCACUCGUGAGUGUGUUUGUGUGUGUGUGUGUGUGUGUGUACGUGCGUGCUCUUGGCUGCUAUUAUUAUUAUUUUGGAAGAAAAAUCCUGGAAAUCUGGGGCAGGUUAUGGUACUCCCAGGGUGAUUUCUCCUUUUGCAAGAGGAGCUGACCAGAGAAAGCCACCAGAGCCAUUUCCCUGCCAGCAGAGAGCAUUUUCCUCCCUGAAGAAGGAUUUCUACCCAGCUCUGCAGCCAAGUAAAAGAGAUUAGCCUUGAAACCUGUGAAAUCGACUAUCGCUGUGUGAUUACCCAGGCUUGGGAGAGGACUUGGAAAGAAAAGGAGAAAUAAAUCAAACAGCCUGUCAGGUUUUUUUUUCUUUUGCCACGUUGGAAGAUGUCAUCUCAAACUAAGUUCAAGAAAGACAAAGAGAUCAUUGCCGAAUAUGAAGCCCAAAUAAAAGAGAUCCGCAUGCAGCUGGUGGAGCAGUUCAAAUGCCUGGAGCAGCAGUCAGAGUCGCGGCUGCAGCUGCUGCAAGACUUGCAAGAGUUCUUCCGCAGGAAAGCUGAGAUCGAGCUGGAGUACUCCCGCAGCCUGGAGAAGCUGGCCGAGCGCUUCUCCUCCAAGAUCCGCAGCUCCCGGGAACACCAGUUCAAGAAGGACCAAUACCUCCUCUCGCCCGUGAAUUGUUGGUAUCUGGUACUGCAUCAGACCCGGCGGGAAAGUCGAGAUCAUGCCACCCUCAAUGACAUCUUCAUGAACAAUGUCAUCGUCCGCCUUUCCCAGAUCAGUGAGGAUGUCAUCAGACUCUUCAAAAAGAGCAAAGAGAUUGGCCUGCAGAUGCAUGAGGAGCUGCUGAAGGUGACUAAUGAGCUCUACACAGUCAUGAAAACUUACCACAUGUACCACGCGGAGAGCAUCAGUGCGGAAAGCAAGCUGAAGGAGGCUGAGAAGCAGGAGGAGAAACAGUUCAACAAAUCAGGAGACCUCAGCAUGAACCUGCUCCGGCACGAGGACCGGCCCCAGCGCCGCAGCUCUGUGAAGAAGAUUGAGAAGAUGAAGGAGAAGAGGCAGGCCAAAUAUUCUGAGAACAAACUCAAGUGCACGAAGGCGCGCAAUGACUACCUGCUGAAUCUGGCAGCCACCAACGCAGCUAUCAGCAAAUACUACAUCCACGAUGUGUCUGAUCUCAUUGAUUGCUGUGAUUUGGGCUUUCAUGCCAGUCUGGCCCGCACCUUUCGGACCUACCUCUCAGCAGAAUAUAACCUGGAAACCUCUCGCCAUGAGGGCCUGGACGUCAUAGAGAAUGCAGUGGACAACCUGGACUCCCGCAGUGACAAGCACACCGUCAUGGACAUGUGCAGCCAGGUCUUCUGCCCUCCGCUCAAGUUCGAGUUCCAGCCCCACAUGGGGGACGAGGUCUGCCAGGUCAGUGCACAGCAGCCCGUCCAGACAGAGCUGCUUAUGCGGUACCAUCAGCUGCAGUCCAGGCUGGCCACUCUCAAGAUUGAGAACGAAGAGGUUAGGAAAACCCUAGAUGCCACCAUGCAGACCUUACAGGAUAUGUUGACUGUGGAGGACUUCGACGUCUCUGAUGCCUUCCAACACAGCCGAUCUACAGAGUCCAUCAAGUCAGCCGCUUCUGAGACCUACAUGAGCAAAAUCAACAUCGCCAAGCGGAGAGCCAACCAGCAGGAAACAGAAAUGUUUUAUUUCACAAAAUUUAAAGAAUAUGUGAAUGGCAGUAACCUUAUCACCAAGCUGCAAGCCAAGCAUGACUUACUCAAGCAGACACUGGGUGAAGGGGAGAGAGCAGAGUGCGGCACAACCAGGCCCCCCUGCCUUCCCCCUAAACCACAGAAAAUGAGGAGACCUAGGCCUCUUUCAGUGUAUAGCCAUAAGCUCUUUAACGGCAGUAUGGAAGCGUUCAUUAAGGAUUCAGGACAGGCUAUACCACUUGUAGUCGAGAGCUGUAUCCGAUUCAUCAAUUUAUAUGGACUCCAGCAGCAGGGAAUAUUCAGAGUUCCAGGGUCUCAAGUUGAAGUCAAUGACAUCAAGAAUUCCUUUGAGAGAGGUGAAGACCCCCUCGUGGAUGACCAAAAUGAGCGAGAUAUCAAUUCAGUCGCUGGUGUUUUAAAGCUGUAUUUCCGAGGCCUGGAAAACCCACUCUUUCCUAAGGAAAGGUUUCAAGAUUUGAUAUCUACUAUUAAACUGGAGAACCCAGCUGACAGGGUGCACCCAAUCCAGCAGAUCCUCAUCACCCUGCCCCGCGUGGUCAUCGUGGUCAUGAGAUACCUCUUUGCUUUCCUCAAUCACCUUUCCCAGUACAGUGAUGAGAACAUGAUGGAUCCCUACAACUUGGCCAUCUGCUUCGGGCCCACCCUCAUGCAUAUCCCUGAUGGGCAGGACCCUGUAUCCUGCCAGGCGCAUGUCAAUGAAGUCAUCAAAACCAUCAUCAUCCACCAUGAAGCCAUCUUCCCCAGCCCGCGGGAGCUAGAGGGACCCGUGUAUGAAAAAUGCAUGGCUGGAGGGGAAGAGUACUGUGACAGCCCACACAGUGAGCCAGGGACGAUUGAUGAAGUUGACCAUGACAAUGGCACAGAGCCUCAUACCAGUGACGAAGAAGUGGAGCAGAUCGAGGCCAUCGCCAAGUUUGACUAUGUGGGGCGGUCCCCUCGUGAGCUGUCCUUCAAAAAAGGGGCCUCGUUGCUCCUGUACCACCGUGCCUCAGAGGACUGGUGGGAGGGCCGUCACAAUGGUGUGGAUGGACUCAUCCCUCAUCAGUACAUAGUUGUACAGGACAUGGACGAUGCCUUCUCCGACAGCCUGAGUCAAAAGGCUGACAGCGAGGCCAGCAGUGGACCACUGCUGGAUGACAAGGCCUCCUCCAAGAAUGACCUCCAGUCCCCCACAGAGCACAUCUCUGAUUAUGGCUUUGGGGGGGUGAUGGGCCGAGUGCGGCUACGGUCUGAUGGAGCGGCCAUCCCCAGGCGCCGAAGCGGGGGCGACACACACAGCCCACCCCGGGGCUUGGGUCCCAGCAUAGACACGCCACCCCGAGCUGCUGCCUGCCCCAGCAGCCCCCACAAAAUCCCCCUCAGCCGUGGGCGGAUUGAGAGCCCUGAGAAGAGGAGGAUGGCGACAUUCGGGAGCGCCGGCAGCAUCAACUACCCUGACAAGAAGGCACUGGCAGAAGGGCUCUCCAUGAGGUCAACUUGCGGCUCUACCCGGCACAGCAGCCUAGGGGACCACAAGUCCCUGGAGGCUGAGGCCCUGGCAGAAGACAUCGAGAAGACCAUGAGCACGGCUUUACAUGAGUUACGGGAACUCGAGAGACAGAACACUGUCAAGCAGGCGCCAGAUGUGGUGCUGGACACCCUGGAGCCCCUGAAGAAUCCACCAGGCCCCAUCAGCUCGGAGCCUGCCAGCCCCCUGCACACCAUUGUCAUCCGAGACCCCGACGCCGCCAUGCGCCGCAGCAGCAGCUCCUCCACUGAGAUGAUGACCACCUUCAAGCCUGCCCUGUCGGCUCGCUUGGCUGGUGCCCAGCUGCGCCCACCCCCGAUGCGCCCAGUCAGACCCGUGGUCCAGCACCGCUCCUCCAGUAGCAGCAGCUCGGGUGUCGGCAGCCCGGCUGUGACACCCACCGAGAAGAUGUUCCCCAAUAGCUCCUCGGACAAGUCUGGCACUAUGUGACCUGCAGGACCGGUGACACCGCCGUGGCCCACUGCAGCACACCGUGGCCUAGGGUGGCCUCGGUGGCUUCCACUUGCUUCCCAGGGAUCUCCUGGCCAUGGAGGGCAGAUCCUGCAGGUCAGCCUGGGAGGGUGUGUGUCUGUGGAGAGCAGAGGCCCAGGCAUUAGCUGUACCUCCUACUCAGCCAUGUGAAUGCCACAGACCUCUUGUGGGCAAAUAGACAUGCCAAGGUGUGCUGGAGCAAGAUCAGUCCCAGGGACCGUGUUUCCUAAGACUGAGGCAGAUGCUUACCAGCUUCUCAUAUUGUCACUGGAAAAUUACUCUCUCGAUAUUCUCUACAUACGUAUAUAUUUGUGUGUAUAUAAAUACGUGCAUAUAUACGCAUAUGUGUACGUAUGUAUCUGUAGGUGUGUGUGUAUAUAUAUUUAUGCAUCUAUAUACAUAUACUAGAGAGCUGGACAUACACACAUGCUAACUGUAUAUAGACGCUCCUUUUUUUUUUUCUUUUUAUGAAACUUAGAUUUACCUCAGACCCAUGCCACCAAACAUCUCCCACUGUUAUUUGGUGGGAUUUGCAGGGACUUCUCUGGGAGAACUUAGAGGCCCCACAGGAACUGCGAACGAAGCAAUAUACCACUAACCUGCAGAGACACAAAACCAGAAACAGUCUCCAGCUGUCUCCAGAAGUUGUGGCCUUCCAGAACAGUCUGCCCCUCAAGGAAGGAUGGGGCAGGCAGUACCCCCAAGCAGGCUGCUCCUAAAGGUGGGGAAUCCUUCAUAGAAAACCCUUCAUCCACCCCCACAGAGACCCUGCCCUGCCACCCAGAGGCCAAAGGUCAACUGUGUACCCCAAAAGGCACAGGGGAGGUUAGUGUGAAGACCCUUGGGUUUGUAUACAGAGUCGGGAUGGUGAGAUGCUAUGCCCCAUCAUAACACAGCAUUACCUGUGGGUAGGGGAAAAAGACAACAAAACCCCCCACAAAAACCAAAACAGUGAUAUGGAGUAUUUCAACCCCUAGCCAUGCUGUAGGGAUAAAUCAGUGGUGACUAUAGAAGUUUACUUCUCUCAUCUUCAAAAUAUUUCAUGUUUUUCUUUUUCUCUUUCUACUAAUCAUGCUAUGUCAGAUUUGAGACUGAAUGGGCAAGGAGGUGUUGAAAUUAGGCACACUGUGCUUCCCCACCAGAGCCUCCAGUACCCAGUCAGCCCUUGGCUCCGCCCUAUGAGGGCUGUGCUAGGAAACACCAUAGGCCAAGAGUUUAUGAAAACAGUAGUGCUCUCCACCCUCCCUCCCUUCUCCUCCUCUCCCUUAACGUCUUCUAAAGCAGUUCAUGUAGAGAAAACCUGGUGGUAGAAAGAAGGUACUUGAUUCUGCAGUAGGACAGAAGCCUUCUGCGUGGCUCUUUUGGGUUCCAUUUACCUGCACUUUUGCUGUAAAUUUCCACUUUCCAGAUAGUUCCAGGUUUCCUGGAUAAUGCAUCACAUGCAAAUCUAGUCCUGAUGGGACCAUUUCUACUCUCCCUCCUCAUGCCAGACCCAUACGCACGCACGCACGCACGCACGCACACACACGCACACAGACCCCUCCUGGCUGGCUCUCUGCCUGCCUCUUGAGUUUUACAGUACAAAACCCAAAAUUUGGGCCACAGCUUCCACCAGAUAGGAGCUGUGUGACCCUUGGAUACGGCACUCCUGUCAACUACAGACACUUUGAAAUGCUACCCUUGGCAUUUCUUUCCAUUGGGCUUGCUUCCACCAUCUCUUGGGUCCUCUAUUAAAAGGCAACUUGCCCCCUUCCUCAGGAAGGGACCUAAUGAGUCACUGGUACUCGGGUGUGGGGAGGAUCACUUUCUACACCGAGUACAAUAUGGAACCAAGAAUGGGCAGAAAAUGAGAAUGUCAGGGAGAGGCCGGAGCCACCAAGACUUCCUUCCCUAUCAACUCUUGCUAUGAUGGGCCCUCCGUCUUUGAGCACAUAAAAAAUAUCUCCAUUUCACAGUUGAAGCGAGUAAGGCCUGGGGGGGCGGUGCUGGACUGGAACCUUUGCAAGAUGUGGGCUGCAUCAGGCUCCAGCGCCCUCAUUUACCAAUGUCUCCUAUCUCUGCUAUGCACCCAGGAGAGAAGACGGUUCUCUUUUGUAUCCCAGGGCUAUUACCAGAUUUUUAAGCUCAUUUACCUCCCAGGCCAAACAAACAAACAAAAAAGGAACAUUCCCUGCUUGAAUAUUGGAUAGAAGCAAAAUUGAGUUUACAAAUCUGUUACCUGACACACCUAGUGCCAGUUAGGCUGUGCAGAUUCAUCUCUCUCUGGGUUGAUUUAUUUCAUUUUUCCUUACUGCUCUCCCCAAAUGUCCCAAGAGCAGAGCCUCAGCUGUUUUCCUUAAGCAUCUAUUUUACCCCCAUUGGCAAGUGGCUGAUGAAUUCACGUUUAGGGAAGCGCAUGCACAGAUGGCAGACGAGUCCCCAUCUCCUCCAACCCCCAAUUUGAGCUUUGAUGCAGAACAAAUGGAAAAACUGUCCACCCCUACCCCAACACACACACACACACACACACUCUUCAUCUGGUCCCCUGCAUGUCUCAGCCACCCCCAGGCCCCAACUCAGUCCCAUCCGUGUCUAUCGAUUGUGAGCAUCUCCCUUCCAACUCCUGCCUGUUUUUAGUCCACUAUAUAUUGCUGUAUUUGUUAAAUGCUGGAAAGUAACUGUUAAAAUGUGAAACUGUAAUUUUUUUUUAAGAAGGCUACAAUUACAUUAUAGCCAACGCCACUCACCAAAUCUUUGCACCUAGUAGAUAGAUCAAUGUAAAAACAAAUACCAGAAACCUAAUUGUACAGUGAUUGGGGUGGGGGGUGUAGUAACAUAGUUAGUAGUCCUCAAUAUAGCCAAGCGUACAAGGGGAGUGAUGUCUACCAAUGUUCAUCACCAUUAUUGAAAGCUGUACCGAUCAGUUAGUUGAUAACGGGCAUUUUAAAAAGAUUUAUUUUGGCUUCACAGAAUGAUCUCUUUAACUUCCAACUCAUCCGAGGUCAAGCCUUUUGUCUUUAUGUAUAACCGGUGUUCAGUCUGUUUUAGGAAUGAACCAGCAAGAUGUUCAUUUAAUUAGAACUGACCAAAGACAAUUACUUCCUGGUCUAGUUUCCUGGGCACUGUGUGGCCCAGCUGCCACUAAAGACCUUGCUCCGAUCAAUUUGAGAACAAGCUGAGCUUCCGACCCUACUUGCCCUCCCUGCCCUCCCUUCUCUUUUCCUCAUCGAGCUGCUCUGAGCUGUGGGAUCCUGUGAACUGUCGCCUUUCCUUGUUUUCAGUGCUAACUUUUCACCUCGAAGCGCCUUUUGAACCCCGGACAGAGCACACCACUGGAGAGAAUUGUGGUCUUGGGCGUUAAAAGACUACAGAGCCUUCUCUCUGAAGUCACCAAACCAGGGGUCAGGAGGGAAACGGAUUCCUAAGGAACGUAAAGGUUUAUGUCCAGUGAAGAAAUCAAAUCGGAGUGGGAAGAGACACAGGGAAACGGAGCCAUCUGUUGGCUACUGGCUGGAACCAGCAGUUCAGAGAUCUGCCUUAUAAACACUAAAAACAUUUGUGGUACACAAGGGGAGCUGGUGGGAGAGAAACCUGUACACAGGGCUCCCUUCGUUGGCAUCUCCUGGAGUGCCUUGUUGGGUGCAUUCCUUUCUUAUUCGGGAGGCCUGGAUGCAGAGGACAUCACGUGACCUGGCGCCUGGUCAUCACUUGAGUGGCCAGUGCACAUGCAUUCUAAACAAGUGAUGGAAAACCCUGAGGACUCACACAAUGGCCCUCCCUCUUAGCCUCUCUAUUUCUAACUUCUCAUCUUCCAGAUGGUUCCACACUAGAGCAAAUGCCUCAUUCUCUUGAGAAACCCAGGAAGGGGUGGAGGGGGGUGGUGCUUCUAGCUGUGGUGGUGGGUCCUGCUGGGCUGGGAGAGAAAGGUGUGACAAGGAGGGAAAGGCAGGAGAGGGUGAACUGAGGCAUUGCUUAGCCCAUUUUCUGCUAUGCAAAUGAUGGCAGUGCAGGUCAACUUCCCUGGUUCUCUGGGGUCUCUUCUACACUGAGCUGAAUUCCAAGUGGAGAGUUCUACAUACUCCAAGCUGCCCAGGGGAACUGCCAGAAGGGGCAUCACUGUCAGUCUAGGACCUCCUGGCAUCUGUGAGGUUCAUCUGCCAGCAUUCUACUGUCCCAUCAUCUGGGACUGGCCAAAUGGCCGUUGCUGCCCUUUGCUGACACCUCCUUUCUGUGCGAACUGUCCCAGGCAAAUCACAAAGCUGUUCCUUGACGUGGAACUGCCAGAGUGCACUUUCCUUCCCUUGAUGGAAGUGGGUCAAGGCUAGCUCUGCUGCCCAGACCCUCAUUCCAGGCAGUGUGACUGUUUACAUGGUUUGACAAUAGGUUUGCUUCUGAUUGCUUCAGAGUGGCUGGUCUAUUUUGUUUUCUUUGCUUUCCUUCUCCCCUCAAAUUGUAACAGGAAAAACAAACUGAAACCACCCUAGGAAAUUGCUGGUUGCCUGUCCCCAUGUGAUGCUAACUGUUGCCCUCUUCUGGAUAUCAUUUCUCUACCUUAUGACCAAAUGCCCGUCCUAUAGAGUGUCUGAUUGGAUCCUCUGUUGCGUAUUCUGAUGGUGCCUGCUGGUUUGAUGUGGAGCUAUCCUGUGAAAUAAAACAGCUUAACUUUUUCUCAAA